CGGGUUUUUUUUUCCUCCUCUUUCUCUCCUGCCGGCUCGCCCUUUCCCUCCCCCUCUCCACCCACGCCCUCCCCGCCAGAGCGAGCCACGGGACAUUUUAUGUUUGUUUUCCUGCUCGGGGGGCGUGUGGCUUUUUUCCCUCCUCACCCGCAGAAAGAGAACAAGCGUUUCCGAGUGCGAGCGGCGCCACUUGCCCCAGUUUUCAUGCGAGGUUUUGGGUCAUGAUCACAUCGCCCUCGCUUUCUGCUAUAAGAAGUAGUAAGCGCAGCAGCAGCCUCAGCGAGCCCGGAGGCAGCCCCCGCCGCAGCCGCAGCGCCGCCGACCUCGCCGGGCCGAACGGGCACGCUGGGAAUAACGGCAGCGGCGCGGCCGCCAAGCCCUGCUUCCACGCCGUCCCCCCCUCGGACCCGCUACGCCAAGCCAACCGCCUUCCCAUCAAAGUCCUGAAAAUGCUCACGGCGCGGACUGGACACAUUUUACACCCCGAAUACCUGCAGCCUUUACCCUCCACGCCCGUCAGCCCCAUCGAGCUGGAUGCGAAGAAGAGCCCUCUGGCCCUUUUGGCACAAACUUGCUCGCAGAUAGGGAAGCCGGACCCGUCCCCUUCUUCCAAACUCUCCUCGGUCACCUCCAAUGGCUCCGGAGGCGACAAGGACUCCAAGUCGGGCCCCUUGAAGCUCAGCGACAUCGGCGUGGAGGACAAGUCGAGCUUCAAGCCGUACUCCAAGCCGGGUACGGAGAAGAAGGAGCCGGGGGCAGCGGGCUGCGCGGGCGCCCCCGCCGCGGGGGUCGCGGCCGGGGAGAAAUCGGGAUUCCGGGUGCCGAGCGCCACCUGCCAGCCGUUCACCCCAAGGACAGGCAGCCCCAACUCAAGCGCCUCCGCCUGCUCGCCGGGGCUGCUGCCGGCCGAGGGCAAAGGCGGAGAGGACAAGAAGGACUCAGAGGGCUGCGGAAAGAGCGGCAGCUCCGGCUCAGAGGGAGGCCCGGGCGCCACCAGCAUCAGUCACAGCCGGAUUAGCGUGAGCUGUGCUGGGAUUAACGUGGAGGUCAAUCAGCACCAGGAGAACACACCGGGCUCCAAGCCCAUCGCCUCGGACUCCGCCUCCUCCUGCAGCAGUACCACCGCCACCUCCUCCACCUCCGUCCUGGGCUCCGGCCUCGUGGCCCCCGUCUCCCCUUACAAGCCGGGCCAGACCGUCUUCCCCCUGCCCCCGGCGGGCAUGAGCUACCCGGGGACGCUGGCUGGAGCCUAUGCCGGCUAUCCCCCCCAGUUCCUGCCGCACGGAGUGGCACUGGACCCCACCAAAUCCUCCAGCUUGGUGGGAGCCCAGCUGGCCGCCGCCAGCAGCCUGGGCUGCAGCAAGCCGGCGGGGUCGAGCCCGUUGGCGGGCGCGUCGCCGCCGUCUGUGAUGACGGCGAGCCUGUGCCGAGACCCGUACUGCCUGAGCUACCACUGCGCCAGCCACCUGGCAGGGGCCACCGGCGCCUCCUGCGCCCACGACCAGGCCCUCAAGUCCGGAUACCCCCUCGUCUACCCUACCCACCCUUUGCACAGCGUCCACUCCUCGCUGACCGGCGCCACGCCGCCUUCCCUGGCCGGCCACCCUUUGUACCCCUACGGCUUCAUGCUCCCUAACGACCCCCAGCCACACAUCUGCAACUGGGUGUCGGCCAACGGACCGUGCGACAAGCGCUUUGCCACCUCGGAGGAACUGCUUAGCCACUUGCGGACCCAUACUGCCUUCCCGGGCACCGAUAAACUCCUCUCCAGCUACCCCAGCUCCUCCUCGCUGGCCAGCGCAGCGGCCGCGGCCAUGGCGUGCCACAUGCACAUCCCCACAACGGGCGCCCCAGGCAGCCCGGGCACACUGGCCCUGCGCAGCCCGCACCACGCGCUGGGACUCGGCAGCCGCUACCACCCCUACUCCAAGAGCCCCCUGCCCACCCCCGGGGCCCCCGUGCCCGUGCCCGCUGCCACCGGACCCUACUACUCCCCUUACGCACUCUAUGGGCAGAGACUCACCACAGCUUCGGCACUGGGGUACCAGUGAGCGCAGGAAGCGGGGCUUUGACACACAACAGAGUUUAGCGGUGAGGGAAGGAAGCCCUGCAAAACUUUAUAAAAGUUGGAAAGAAAAAAAUAAAUCUGACUUUUUACAAAAUAGUGUUCAUUUGAGGACUGGAUCCAUGGGCACUGUAUUUAUUUAUGUUAGCUUCAAGCGGGACAACGAAUCAUAAAGUGCAUUACUUAACUGAGCUCAAUAGGGAAAAGUGGACACCCGUUGUAGAAUAUAAAUAAAAAGAUAGAGGUCUUCUCUUUAAUGUUACUUUAAAAUUGCUAUGAUUGUAUUGUACGUUCUUAUUUAAUGUCUCAUUGAAACAAAAAAAUUUACAUGCAUGUUUGUUACUAAAAAACAACUCGCAAUUUGUCAGUUAUAAUUUCAAAUUGCAAUUAUUUUUAAGGUGUAUACCCUUGAAAGAGAAUUGGUAUUUUUUUGUAUGUAUUCUGGAAGAAAAAACAAAAACAAUUCUAUUCCAAAAACCUCAUUUGCCUUAUUUUGUUCUUUAAAAGGAACACUUAACUAUUUUUAAUUUUUAAGUCCACCCUGUAAAAAGGGUUAAGUAAGGUUUACGUCAUGUACUAAAAUAGACAAUGUAUCGCUUUAAAGAUUAAAAUUCCGUAUAUUUGAUGUAUUAAAAGGUUAUACUUUUUUUUUAA